GAUCAUCGGGCGCAGCCAUUGCUGGCGGCGGCUGAGUUUGGCCGGGAGGCUCUGCGCAGAGAUCGGGCUCCGGCCUCCAGGCCGCCUCCGUGACCAUGCCGGCAGGGAAGUCUUUCCGACGGAGGAAGGCGGAUUCCGAGGAAGAGGAGGAGGAGGAGGAAGAGCAGGUCACCGAGGAGGUCCGAUUGAAACUUGAGGAAGCAAAAGAAGUGCAGAGUCUACGGAGAAGGCCAAAUGGAGUGAGUGCCGCAGCCCUGCUUGUGGGGGAGAAGCUGCAAGAAGAAACAACCUUGACGGAUGACCCCUUUAAGAUAAAGACUGGUGGGAUGGUGGACAUGAAGAAGCUGAAGGAACGGGGCAAGGACAGAAUCAGUGAAGAAGAGGACCUCAAUCUUGGGACUUCCUUCUCUGCAGAGACCAACAGGAGAGAUGAAGAUGCUGACAUGAUGAAGUACAUUGAAACCGAGCUGAAGAAGAGGAAAGGGAUUGUGGAGAAUGAGGAACAGAAAGUGAAGCAGAAGAACGCAGAGGACUGUCUCUACGAACUACCGGAGAGCAUCCGUGUCUCUUCGGCCAAGAAGACGGAAGAGAUGUUGUCCAAUCAGAUGCUGAGUGGCAUUCCCGAAGUGGACCUUGGAAUUGAAGCAAAGAUCAAAAACAUCAUCUCCACCGAGGAGGCCAAAGCACGCCUAUUGGCUGAACAGCAGAAUAAAAAGAAAGACAGCGAAACCUCCUUUGUUCCCACAAACAUGGCUGUGAACUACGUCCAGCACAACAGAUUUUAUCACGAAGAGCUGAACGCACCUGUGAGAAGGAACAAAGAGGAACCUAAAGCCCGUCCGCUGAGAGUGGGGGACACGGAGAAGCCCGAACCAGAGCGGUCCCCUCCAAAUCGUAAACGUCCGCCAAAUGAGAAAGCAACCGAUGACUAUCAUUAUGAGAAAUUCAAGAAGAUGAACAGGCGCUAUUGAAAACUCUGUUUGGAUGGCAGACCUGUCCUGCCUGAGUGUCUUUUCUUUCAUUGGCCGGAGAAGCAUCUGUAAAUAGACUUCAUAAGAGGACACAUAUCCACUUUUCCGGUGGCUGUUGAUGUUGUCCAAAGUGUCUUCCACAGACUUACAUGUACAGUGGUUA